GACCAACGAGAAAAUCCGAGUCCCCGCCGGUUCCGCCAAUUUCCUGGUGGAUCUGCAUAGGAAUUCAAUUAGAAUGACUGGGACAGUCAUGCGGUGCAACAUAUGACUUGAACGCAAGCAGUAGCUCAUGCCGUCCAUCUAUCUUACCGGUGACCAAAGUCCGGCCUGGCCAGAACGACGAGAGCCGUUAAAGUCUCUCGCUUUCACUAAUACGGGUCCUCGCCUACUUGAAUCUACUCUCACAAGCUCUAAGACUCUGUUCUACAAACAGCACAUACUCCUACAAAAUUAUCCGACUUCUCUAUCAUGGGGUACUCAACUCACACUAAACUUGAAAGAGAUACAAAUAUGGUACAUACAACAGAGGCUGGAUCGGAAUAUGCCCCUAUUGCAUCUGAAGACGAAGAUCCAGACAUCUUGAGAGGUUUUCAUGCCGUUCGCAUCUGGCGAUGGAGAUUUUAUGCCCUUCUAUUCUUUUCAAUGUCCAUCACUGCAUUAUUUAUUGCAAGUCUCUUAUAUAUUCUUAACCGGGACUCGUCAAGUUGUCCACUAGAAAUGCCGAAUAUAAAGAAGCCAUACUCUCCCGCCCCGGUGAAAUACGUGAAUAGGAACUUAACCAGUGACUUCAAUAGCUCAAAAUUCAUGGGCGAUCCGCGACCAGAACUAGAUACAGCGUGGCAUGACUUGCUUAAUGGCACCGGCAUACGUCUAUCCGCAGAAGAUGUGUUACUAGCCAAGGCGACUGAUGUUGUACAUCUCAAAGGUGGCGGCUACAUUGGCGGCUUAGGCAUUAUGCACUCAUUGCAUUGCCUAAAACGAAUCAAGCAAUACAUCCACCCGGAAUACUACUAUAGCCAAGGGGAACAAGACUGGGAUGACAUAAACAUACAUGUCGAUCACUGUUUAGAAGCUCUUCGCACACAGGUAUUAUGCAGACCUGACCUGAGUCUUUACACAUUCACAUGGACUCCACAUAGCAACAUCAAGCCUGCAGUCCAGAUAACCCAAGAAUCUGUCUGUGUUGAUUGGGACGCGGUCCACGAGUGGAUGAAAGCAAGGGCGGUGACAAUUCAUGACGUUAUCGGUCCAUUAGGAAGUUGAAACUAUUCUCGAAACGCUGCUGCUCGUGCUUGGGGCAUGAUAUUAUAAAGAGCGAGCUAAGCGUAAAAUAUGAUAGAUGUUUGCUUCCGAUUACCUAUGUUUUUGAUUAUAAUUUAAUAUGACAAUAAAAAUCGAGACUUAUACCCCUUAC